CACCGACAAACGACACAAGAUUGUAAAAAAAAAAUCAUCCGCAUUUCAUCGCCUUUCACUUUCUUACCUGUGAGGAUCCCCACUCGGGUCUGAUGGUCGUGGUUGGAUAAGUAUUUACCCACCUGCCUUCACACUUCCUGGAACUGCGCAUGCGCGAACUGUGUGGACUGUUAUCGUCAUAGCAACCGGAGUCGCCGAUCAACAUGGUGGGAAAAGCAACAACAUUAAAGGAAGCACUGGCCAAAUGGGAGGAGAAAACCGGGGAGAAGUGCGGUGAGGCCACGGUUGUAAAGCUAUAUAAUCAAAUCCCCCCUCUGGAAAAGCUGGAUAACACCCUCAGCAAAAUACCCAAAUGCGAAAAGCUGUGUCUGUCCACCAACUGCAUUGAUAAAAUAACCAAUCUGGGUGACCUGAAAAACCUGAAGAUUUUGUCAUUAGGAAGAAAUAACAUCAAGGCCUUCACUGGUCUGGAUCCGGUAGGGGACACAUUGGAAGAAUUGUGGAUCUCUUACAACCUGAUCGAGAAGAUGAAGGGAGUUCACAUUUUGAAAAAACUCCGUGUUCUCUACAUGUCCAACAACCUGGUGAAAGAUUGGGGAGAGUUUUCAAAGCUGGCUGAUCUGCCGUGCCUUGUAGACCUGGUGUUUGUAGGAAAUCCUCUAGAAGAGAAACACACGCCUGAUGGAUCAUGGAUGGAUGAAGCUUCGAGAAGGUUGCCCAAUCUGAGAAAACUGGAUGGGAUCCCUGUCAUCAAACAAGGAGGGGAUGAUGAUGAAGACGGCUGAGUGGCUUCACGACUUUGUUGUCACCAUCUUUGUUGACAUUUUUCAUUCUAUCCCUUUGGUUAUUCCAUGCAACCAGUUGCUGGAAUUCUGCUACCAUCCUAAACAGCCGAUGUGAAAAUGUGAUAUUUAAGCGAAAUGAAACAUCUGACAAUGCUUGACACAAGUCAUUUCUUAACCUUUCUUACAAA